CCCGGGAAACGGCUGUCUCUCCUGCUGCUCUCCUGCUACCGUUUUCUGCUUGGUUCACACACCAGACAGCCCAAACUCCAAAUAUUCAAACGUUCAACAAGAUGACUGAGGCUGAGAGUGACGAUGAUGAAGAGGAAAUUAUUAAAACACUUCUAUCAACAUCUGCUGUCAAGAUGAAAGAUUUGGUGCCAAGUGGCCCUUUAAAAUCUGAAAAUGCUAUGAAAGUGGCAAAAUGGAUUCUGACAAGCAAUUCUAAAAAGAGGAGUCCUAAUGCGAUUUUGCAGCGAAUCAAGUGGUUGACAGCAGUUGUUCAAUAUGGUAUUGUUGACUCUCUAGUCGGACUUGAAAAUAUGUUAACUCCUUUAAUACAGCUGAUCUACACUGCCAAAUAUCAAGCAUCAGUUUGCCACCUACUCUACAUGAUUGCAACACCCAACAUGUACAAAUUUCAAGUGGAAAAAAUUACCAAGAGCGUUAAUAUUGUGGGCCUUACAAAGCCACUAGCUGGUCUUUUGAGUCGUGUGAAAUCCCUUCGCCCUGAUUUGGUUCCACAGACUAUCCCUCAUCAAAGCGAUGCCAUUUCGUUUCCUCAAGCCCCAUUUUCGAUACGGAACGGUCUGUUCGCGCUUUCAGAAAGCAUCAAGGAACGCAAUGAAAUACCCAAUCAAGUUACUUUCUCCAUCGAAACUGGAAAACAAAGGACGAACAAAAAUAUGAGAUUAGACAUCAUUCCACGAGUUCAGCACUUCAAUCUGAAAUCCUCUUUUGAAGUCGACUUUCGAAAAAUGGUGCCCUUGUCUCGAUUACAAUCAUUUGAUGACCUGCUGAGUCAAAUAACUUCAGUUGAACUACCGAAUCAUGUAGGAUCACUACUGGGCAAGAAAGAAUAUCACUAUGUCCUGUCUUUUCAUUUCACGCCGCGCAUGGAAGCGCUGUUAUCUCAGUGGCUUUAUAAUGUUCUGUAUCACGAGUUCAUGGAAAGACCACAGGUUCACGGCAGAGAAGGAAAGACGCUACUUUUACAGAGAAUCUUAGAGUUCCAACAAAAUACUGGACGGAAUCUCAUGGUCGUUUAUAAAUUCCUAUCGUUAUAUCUCCAAACUUGGGAUGGAAUUCAAUUCCGUGAUCAAAUUUUUCAACUUUUGGCGCAAAUUCCUUUUCUCUCAUACCCUGAUCUUUAUGGAAAUUUCUUGCAAGUUUUGGAGGGUUUGUUUCACUCCUGUGAUACAUCACAUCGAUUAAAAAUAAUUGAUGUAUGUCGAAAGCUCAUUCAUAAUUUGCUACUUCAACAAUUUGGGUCUGUUAAAAAAGCCAAAUUAUUAUUCCAGAAAUCGGAAAAAACAGUUUCACCAGAUGAGAUUUUGAAGUUAGUGGAAGGUACCUACGUCAUCAACGAAGUUAUACGUUUUACCGAACGUCUUUUCAAUACGGCCUUAACGUCUUCCUCCGAUUCUUCACUUGUCUUAAAUUCCCUUUUGUUUCAUUUAUGGCUUAUUGAUCUGGAAUCGGAGUUUAAAUUGCCAUUCCGGACCUUCUGUCAACCUAUUGCCGUUUAUAUGGCCUUGUUUUCACCGGCUCCAGUGACCGUUUCACUUGUAUGCAAACUUAUGUGCAAGUACGGUGAAUUAGGGCGAAAUCAACUGAUCGCUAUGUCUCCACUUCCCGAAUUGGGAGAAUUUCAUCAAGAUUCGUUGGAGGAAGCUGCCAGAUUGAACCGUUAUAUUAUCGAUAUAUCGAGAUGUUUAGUUUAUCACAAGGCCUUUGCACCAGGCGGAAAUUCGAUGUUAGCGCUAUUACCCCGGAGAAACCUGAAAAAACUGUCCAACUUGGGUUCUUUCCAGUCAUCUUUUGUUUUGGAAAGACAUCCUGCAUUUACUGGUAUUUCCCGUCGAUGGCUCAAGUCUAAAUCUGGAAAUGAGAAGUCUUUGAAGCUCUUUGAAGAAGUUGAUGCCGAUUUGGAUGAUUACACUCGAUACUUGUUGGGUCGUUAUACAGCAAUAAUGGACUAUAUACAACAGUUCCAUAACAGCACUUGAGAUUGUGAAAAUGAAAUGUAACAGAAUAUUCUUCGUCUAAGAUUCUUCAAUUUCUUGAGAAUUUUAUAAGCACAGUACUUCAAUAAAAUUUGCUCAAGUUAAAAA